AUGAAGUUCCUUGAGAUAGCACUCUUGACAUUCGCAGCUGCCGGUGUUCAAAUAGCCACUUCGUUGAACGAAGAUCGCGAGACGGAAAGUAGAUCGAUAGUGAAUGGGUAUGACUCUCCUACUCGACCUUUCUUCGUUAAGGUCCUCAGUUUGGGAGGAGUUUGCGGGGGCAGCAUUAUUGGAGCACGACAUGUUUUGACUGCCGCCCACUGCUUGCAAUCACCGUUGGGCAAACGAAUGAUUGUCAUCCAAAUUGGCGACUUCUCAAAGCCAUCCAAAUUUGUAUACAGUAUCGGGGAGGCGAUAGUUCACGAGGCAUACGACAAGGUUACCAAGAUCAAUGACAUAGCAUUGAUCAAGACCUACGCACCCAUUCCUCAGAGCCCUCAUCAUUAUGGGAUAAUCAAUCUAUGUACAGAGAGUAGCAGGUUCAAACACUACCCCAUAGCCGUUUCCGGCAUGGGAUUGGUCAAUGUAACUGAAAAAAAAUACGCAAAAAAUUUGCAGGAAGUAGUUCUGCAGGAGGUGGGGACUGCCAAAUGUCGAAGGAAGAGUGACUGGUUUCCCUCACAGCAAAUAUGCUUGAUGGGCGAUGAGAAAGACAGUUGUUCUGGUGAUUCUGGGGGUCCUGCGUAUCCCCUGAUGCACGGCAGACCAUACUGUCUGUAUGGAGUGGUGAGCUAUGGCAGUUCUUUGUGCAAUGGAUACGGAAUAUACACGCGAGUGUCUGCAUAUGCCGAAUGGAUCAGAAGAGCUAUGCUUAUCUGA